UGGAGAGCACAGCGUGAAAUUAGUCGCAGGAAAUGGAGAUAGUUAUAAAAAUCAGUAUCUGUUUAUUUCAUGGUGAGGUCAAGUGUUCAAAGCUUUGAAGAUAAGUUUGUUUAUGUUCUAAAAAGCUCGAGAACAGGUGCAAAAUGAGCAACAUUUACAUCCAAGAGCCACCAACAAGUGGAAAGGUUCUGAUGAAGACGACAGCAGGAGACAUUGACAUUGAGCUGUGGUCCAAGGAGGCUCCUAAAGCAUGCAGAAACUUUGUGCAGCUGUGCAUGGAAGGUUAUUAUGAUGGCACAAUUUUCCACAGAGUGGUGCAGGAUUUUAUCAUUCAAGGAGGAGAUCCAUCUGGAACAGGGCUAGGUGGAGAGUCCAUCUACGGCCGUCCUUUCAAAGAUGAGUUUCACUCCAGACUGCGCUUCAUUCGGAGGGGCUUGGUUGCCAUGGCCAACGCUGGUGCCCACGACAAUGGCAGUCAGUUUUUCUUCACGUUGGGACGAGCAGAUGAGCUCAAUAACAAACACACAAUAUUUGGAAAGGUCACUGGAGACACAAUUUAUAACUUGCUCAGAUUAGCAGAAGUUGAAUGUGAUGUUAACGAAAGACCUCUAAAUCCUCACAAGAUAAGAACUACCGAGGUACUUCACUCUCCUUUUGAUGACAUUGUACCUCGUGAAACAAAGAAAGGAAAAAAAGAUAAAGAGGAGGUAAAGAAAUCCCAGUCAAAAGCCACAAAGAACUUCAGUCUUUUAUCAUUUGGAGAAGAAGCUGAGGAAGAAGAGGAGAUGGUGAAUCAAGUUAGCCAGUUCCAAUUCCAGCAGCAUGAUGAAUUAAGGAAAGAAGUUCGGCAGUUGAAGAAGGAACUACAGGCCAUAAAGCAAAGGAAAGAAGACAAGCCUGCUGCGGAUGAAGUCAAGGAGGCAGAGAAAAAGCCAACCAACGAGGCUGUUGCUGAGUACCUAGAAGGAAGAAAGAAGUAUGAAGAGCUCAGGAAAACAAAGCUGAAAAAAGGCUCCAACAGAGAAGAACAGACGAUGGCCCUGCUCAAUAACUUUAAGUCCAAGCUGUCAUCAGCCAUUACUGAGAAUCCAGAGGGGGAUGUGGAGGAGCUGGCAGAGGAUGAAGACACAGGAUGGAUGGCCCAUGUUCUGCAGUUCGAUGAGCAAACCAGAAAAGUCAAGGACGCCAACAUGCAGGAUGAAGACACGUUUGAGAUCUAUGACCCGCGCAACCCAGUCAACAAGCGUAGAAGAGAGGAGAGCAAGAAGCUCAUGAAGGAGAAGAAAGUUAAAAAGUGAAGUCCUGCAGUCAAAGGUCAGCUUCUGUCCUACAUACGUAUAUGACUGAAACCAGUAGUUCCAUUGCAGCCUACCAUGGCUUUAAAUCCACUCUGUUGAACAGUUUUCUGGUUUGAAUGUCUGUUAAUGACCUGAGCUAAUCUGAGAUAAACACUCAAGAGUAAAACAUCAGUCAUUUUGUAUAGGUUAAUGUUAGCCUAUAAAAUGUAAAAUAAACUUUUUAUUUCAUGUUUAUGUUGAUUUGUGAUAUGUGUAGAAGAUGUGUAGAGUUUUCCAGAAAAAAAUAAAUCAGAUUUAUGAGCA